AUGGCGUCGGCGUCGACGUCAAAAAAGCGUAAACGCAAAAAUACAGAAAACGACGAAGAUGGAAAACGAGUGAAACUUGACGAGAACAUGUUACGGGAUAUUGUGCAAAUGGUGCGUAGUAAUAUACGUAAUAAAAAACGUAAAAUCAAGCUCACCCCUCAAACAAUAGUGGGUAUUUCGCGAAUGGUUAAGGCCAACAGAAAACAAUUACGGUUGAGUAAAAAAGGAAAACGCUCUCACUAUCGUAUCGAGUCGCGUGAUAUUGCUGAAAUAGUAGAAUUGGUGAAAAAAAAUCGUAGAAAAAUUAGUAAAAAAUUAUUUAACGUCAAACAGAUUGCUGGGCACAGGCGUUUGGGUUACAAUGAAUAUGUGUACGAAGUGGCGAUUGGUGCUAAUAAUACGAGCACGCUACCGGAUUUUUUAAAUAGUUUGCGUGAGGUUUUUAAUUCUUUAAUUAAUAUAAUGAAGUAUAUAGCUAGCUCGCCGACGGAUAAAGCACGUUUCUAUAUAUCUAAAGCACCGCGGCAUGCUUUUUCUACGGCCAUACUUAACGUGUGUGAUUUCAAUGCGAAAUUAUUUUUUGACGUGUUCGAACGUCACAUGCAAAGUAAUGCGGAGGAGGUUAUCAAUGAGGGUUGGCAAACGACUGUAAGUAUUUUCAUUUUUCCAAACAAUUAUGUACCGCGUACAAAAAAACGCACCCCGCGAAAAAAACGUGCAAAGAUGUACGCGUAUUUGAUGAAAAAGCCAGAUGAAUUUGGAAAGGGGCGUAAAAAAACAGCGACCAAGCAUGGUCGCAACGUUAGACACGGGGUAUUUCAAAUUGUUGGAACAACAAAUCGUUGCUUUGCUUACGCCUUGCUGGUUGCAUGCUCUUUUUUACACAACGACGAGAUUAGCAAAAAACUAAAAACGAAACCCAAUACGACGUUAACGACCUUAUACACACCCGAACAAAUAGCUAACGUAUAUACGCAGUGUAGUAUGACUCCGGGAAAAGUAUGUGCUGGCGAGCUGCAUUUAUUUUACGAACAUUUUUUAUCGUUAGAAGGUGUGGAAUUGGUAGUAUUUUCUAAAACUCAAAGCGAUACGAUUGUUUACGAUUCGCGUGUAAAUGUCGACGGUCAUGUUUUACGCGUUAAUGAAAAUAUUAUUUAUCUAUGGUUAAACGACGAACACUACGACGUAAUUCUUUCACCGCACAUUUUUACACGUCAAUCUGCGGGUAAUUUUUGUUUCAAAUGUAUGCAUCAUUUUCACCGUGCAGAAUCAAUAACCAACCACGUCUGUCGUAGUGUGUAUACAUGCCCCAAUUGUUAUUCACCAAACGCGCGUUGUCCAGACGAAGGGCUACAACAAGAAUGUGAUCUAUGCGGGGUGAUUUUUCGAAAUGUCGCAUGCUAUACACGACACUUACAAAAGCGCGUAUUUCCGGUUGGUCGCCGCUAUGAAACACCCUGUCAACACAUGUUUUUUUGUUCAACAUGUUAUAAACGUGUACCCCGAAUGGUAAAUAUUAAUGUCAAAAAACGGACAAAGCAUAAAUGCGAUGAAAUAUAUUGUACACAUUGCGGAAGUAUGAAAAAAAAACCGCACGAAUGCUACAUGAAAGUGUGUCGAAUACACGCGGACGAGGAUCAUCCGACCUUAUUUUUUUUUUACUUUGAAACACGUAAGGAUGAUGAGGGCUACAUGAUUCCCUUUUAUUGUGUUGUACAGAAAGUGUGCGUCGAAUGUGAUGAAAAACCAUUCGUGAAAAUAAAUGAGGAUUUUGAACCGGUUUUAAAUGUUCAAUAUGCUGACGGGUCGGUACAACCGGUUAUUUGUUGCGGCUACAGACAAUAUAUAUUUGAAAAAAACAACGCGUGUAUUACCCAAGAACUUGUUGAUUUCAUGUAUGCUCAAGACCGCAACAGCGUGUGGGUCGCACACAAUGGUGGGCGCUUUGAUAACGUUUUUUUAUUGCGCGAGCUGCUUAUCGAACGAAAUAUCGUCCCGCAAACAAUUAUGAACGGUAAUAAAAUCAUGUGUAUGGAAUUAGAGGAUCGUAAUCUAAAAGUACUCGAUAGUUUUUUAUUCCUAAGUAUGGCUCUCAGCAAAUUUCCCGAAGCCCUGGGUAUUGAAAAUAUUGCCAAGGGUUUUCACCCCUACCAUUUUACCGAUUUGACGUACGUUGGACCCAUGGUGGGGUUAGAAUAUUUUGAACCACCUGCUGCGGGUACUCCGCAACGCCGUAAAUUUGAUACGUGGUACGCGGCACAGUGUCUGAAGCCGUAUAAUUUCAAAAAAGCCAUUUAUUAUUACUGUCGUCUAGACGUAGAUAUCUUGCGUCAGGGGUGUAUAAUUUUUGCACGUUUGAUAAAAAACAUAACGGGUGUUUUUCCUUUUUAUGACAAAACAUGUCAUACUAUUGCCGGGUUGGCACUCAAAAUAUACCGUAGUAAUUUUCUUGUAAAAUAUACGAUCGGACAAAUUCCCGCAAAAGGGUAUGGUGUGCAGGUUAAGCAGAGUGUCGUCGCGUUGUAUUGGUUACGCGAAAUCGAGGCCGAAUUGGGUGAAAAUGAUCUUUUUUUACAUAGUACUUUGUCCGUUGACGGCGAGACACAGGUGCUGGGGCGGUAUGUCGACGGCUACUGCGAGACGACGCGUACGAUUUACCAAUUUCACGGGUGUUUUUUUCACGGCUGUACGCGAUGUUACGAUGGUCACGAGUAUAAUAGCGUGUUAAAUGAAACCUAUUAUACGCUACGCGAGCGUACACGACGCGCAGAGAAAAUGUUCGAAAAUGCGGGUUAUCGAGUUGUCACCAUGUGGGAAUGUAUUUACAUGCAGGUGAAUAAAUUAAACAAGAAAACAUUGGAUCUUUUACGUCAUCGUGAUUUUUUUAUUAAUAUUCAUUUGAACCCGCGAGACGCCCUUUUCGGGGGGCGUACAUCACCGGCACGUUUAUACUUUGAAUCGAAAAAUGGUGUGGAAAAAGCAUUUUAUGGGGAUUUUACAUCCCUAUACCCGUAUGUUCAGAGAAAAAAUGUUUAUCCGACCCGCCACCCGACGAUAAUACGCGGCGAAGAGGAAUGUGCAAAAAUACCCGUUAGUACAAUAUUCGGGUUAAUUAAAUGCCGUAUUGCCCCCCCACAGCGUUUAUUAUUUCCCGUGUUGCCGUGUCGUGCUGGGGGUAAAUUAACCUUUCCUUUGUGUCAAACAUGUGUGACAUUACGUUGUGAUGAGGGGUGUACACACGAUGAAGAUCAACGUGCUUUGUGGGGGACGUGGACUAGUAUCGAAAUACAGAAAGAUCUAGAACACGGUUAUCGCUUAUUGAAUGUUUAUGAAAUUUAUCAUUUUGCAACGCGUGAAAAAAUAUUUGACACCUACGUAGACACAUUUAUGAAAUUGAAACAAGAGAGUAGCGGCGUGCCAAAGAAAUGUCUGGACGCUUCGGGAAAUGUUGACAGCGUAUUGCUUAACAAUUAUAUCGAAGAAUACCGCGAACACGAGGGCAUACAGUUAGAGGCUGACAAAAUUGUGUACAAUCCCGGCCAACGAACGGUGAUGAAGGCGCUUUUGAAUUCUUUGUGGGGCAAACUAGCACAAAACGAGGACGCCACGGUUGUGUCGUUUGUAGACAGCAUGACCGAUCUUUUAAAAUUGGUAAAUGACCAUACGCUUGAAGUGACUUCGUUGGAUUUUAUUAGCGAUAAUAUUGCCCGUACGACUCAUCGUAAAACCAAUUCUUUAAUUACACUAGCCAACCGUAACGUGAUUAUUGCGUCGUUCGUAACGGCCUAUGCACGUCUAGAAUUGUUUGAAGUUUUGCAUAAGUUGGGCCCCAGUGUGAUGUAUUACGAUACCGAUUCGGUUAUUUAUGUAGAAAAUAAAGCAGCGGGUCAUACAUUACCCACGGGCGAAUAUCUGGGGGGCAUAACAGAUGAAUUAUCGGAAAAAAACUGCAGUGAAAAAUGGAUAGAACAAUUUUGCACGGUCGGUCCUAAAUCUUACUCAUUUCGCACUAAUCUGUACACACGGACACAUGAGGACGGUCGGCAAACACUCGAGCGUGACGAAAUCGUGCAUGUAAAAGGGUUUUCGUUAAAGGGUGAUACAAAAAAAAAGAUUACGUUUGACACUUUAAAAAAAUGUAUGACAGAUCACGGGUGUGAAAUCGAAACGAGCUAUACAGAAUUUACACGCUCGAACAAUCAAACAAUCAAUGUUCAAGAGGGAAAAAAAACAUUUCGUUUCACUUUUGAUAAGCGUAUUGUUUUACCCGAUUUUACAACACUACCCUUUGGCUAUAUCUUGUGAUUUUUAUUUUUAGGCGGACAAAUUGCACCGUUGUACAAUACCGCUGCAACACCCAUUUAUGAUGACGCUGUGCGGGCCCUCACAAUGUGGUAAAACACAUUUUAUAAGGGAAAUUAUAAAACACAACGAUCAACUAAUUGACCCACCCGUGGACAAACUACUUUACUUGUACACAGUGAACCAGACGGACUAUGAUGACAUAAAAAAACACAUACGAGACAAUGCAGGGACAAACACGCUAAAGACAUGCGAAUUUGUUGACUGUUCAAACGGAAUUUUACCCGUGGAAGAGGUGCGGCAGAAAUUAGGCAAAGCAACGUUACUUGUUCUUGACGAUCUAAUGGUUCUAGCCGCCGCGGAUAAAAUCAAUCUUGAGAAUUUAAAUAAUAUAGCGUCGCGCGACAGCCAUCAUACAAACACCUCUGUCAUCUUUGUUUGUCAAAAUUUAAUGUACGGAAAUGGGCGAUUACGAAAUUGUCGUGUGAAUAGUCAAUAUCAUACGAUGUUCAAAAGUUUGACAGACUCUAGAGAUAUGGAAACGAUUGCUAGUAAUAAAAAAAUACCGUCGGCAUGUAUGCGUAAAAUCUUAGCCGACGUCGGUAAAACACAGUAUGGUUAUGUGUUGUUUGAUGGUUCGCCACGAAGUUACGCAAAUUCGCGUAUUCGUACGGGAAUAUUUCCACAAGACCAAACUGUGGUUUAUGAUGUCGGCGGGGAUAAUUAA